UUUCCUUUAGUUGUACGAUCACCUGUGUAGCUACACUUUUACAUCCACCAGACUAUAAGCAGUUCUCUUCAACCUGCUUGUUUAUAUCCAAUCAGUGAAUAAAAUAGUCGCUCUAUUCGAUCAUGACCACCUCUGAUGCUGAGCAUAUUGCUGUGACUCGUUUCCGCCAGUACUUGAGAAUCAAGACUGUUCAACCCACUCCCGACUAUGCUAGUUGCAAGGUCUUUCUUCAAUCUUAUGCUACUGAGCUGGGACUUGACUUUCGUUGUGUUGAGAUGACAGCAGGAAAGCCUAUCUGUAUUUUGACAUGGGUUGGAACCAAUCCAUCGCUCAAGUCUAUCUUGCUCAACUCUCACACUGAUGUGGUUCCUGUUAGCGAGACUCACUGGACUCAUGAUCCAUUUGCUGCUGACAAGCUUCCCAACGGUGAUAUUAUCGCUCGUGGCACUCAAGACAUGAAAUGUGUUGGAAUUGGAUACCUCGAGGCGAUCCGAAUUCUCAAAGCAAAAGGUGUCAAGCUUGAACGCACAUUGCAUUGCACAUUUGUUCCUGAUGAGGAAAUUGCAAGCCAUGACGGUAUGAUGCCAUGGGUCAAGACAGACGACUUUCGAUCUCUCAAUCCUGCAUUUGCACUUGAUGAAGGUCUUGCCAAUCCUGAAGAUGCUUACAAGGUCUACUAUGGUGAACGUGCUCCGUGGUGGAUCAAAAUCACUGCCAAGGGCGGAGCUGGUCAUGCAAGUCAGUUUAUUGAACCGUCCGCAACUGAGCGACUUGUGCGAGUUCUCUCCAAAUUUGUUGCUUUCCGUGAUGCCGAGAAACUCAGACUUGCUGUUUGUCGCAACGAAUUUGGUCGAAGACUUCGUAUUGGUGAUGUUACCACCACCAAUAUUACAAUGAUGAAUGCUGGUGUCCAAUUCAAUGUUGUUCCUGAAGAAGCCUGGGUGGGAGUAGAUAUGCGUGUUGCUCCAUCAGUCCAUCUACCUACUUUUCGCGAGCAAAUGAUUAAAUGGUGCACCGAUGAGGACACUACAGUUACUUUUGAGCAAGCCUUUAUGAGUAACGCGUGCACUCCAUUGACUGAUGAUAAUCCAUGGUGGAAGGAGAUUGAAAAGGUUGGAAAGACUCGCAAGAUUAUACUUGAUCCCGAGAUUUUCCCUGCUGCCACCGACUCUCGCUUCAUUCGCGAGGUCGGUAUCCCUGCCAUUGGCAUUUCGUGCAUUCGUAACCACCCAGUGCUGCUCCACGACCACAACGAGUAUCUGAACGAAAAAAUGCUGAUUGAAGGUGUCGAGUUUUACGUUGACUUGCUUCCUGGUCUUGCCAGCAUCUCUAGUACUGUGACUCCCUGAUUGUAUUUUGUCUCGACAAAAUUCGCAAUGCAUUGACUAUUGGCUUUUUGAUACCGCAGCCGUAUUUACGCAAAUGGAUUACUAAAUAAACCAAUGUUCACUUUCAGCCU